GAGUUACAAGUAGGAGCGAAAGCGACUACGAAGCACGAACUCGGCAAGGGGAGCAGAAACGCCGGUGGCAUCGGAGCAUUCAUCGGCGGCUAGGUUUGAAAAUGGAUGAUUCACUAUUGACCCUAGGUGAACCCCCAAGAAAAGAUGGUUCGGCGCAUUAUAUUAUGUUGACAAAAGAUCAGAAAUCCAUAUGCCGGACACAAUGCCUUAAUCCACCCUUUCAAAUGCCUCCUUUUUGGAACAUAUCUACUAUAGUCAGAGAAAAGACGAUUCAUUUUCUUAAUGAAUUACCUCAUUGUUUUCUACGCCCUGCUCCUCAAAAUUCUCGUGACCAGAGGGAGUGGAGGAUAUUCUUGGGUUUCCUUCAGAAGAACAUGAUGGUUGCUGUGGCAAAAUUUCAAUUAUAUGAACUUUACAUACUUCCUCCCACUGAAGGCUCAAAUUUUAGCCAUGCUGUAGUUGCAUAUAGGUUGGUGAAAGUACACAAAGUGGAUGAUAGUAAAACAAAUGGCAUAUCAGAUGAAACCAUGAUCCAGCCCGUACAGUUGCUAUCUCCAGAGGCUUCAUCGCAUACAAAUCAAACACGUAGAUGUAUGCAACCAAGCACAACAUCUACAAAUGCUUGCAUCAACAGUAGACCUGUCUCACCUUUCGGGGAGACUGUUGUACCAAGUUGUUUUACUGCCAAGGAGUUUGCUGAUAGAUCAGAUGCAUAUAAGACAGGAAGAUGUUCAGCAAAUAGUGUGGAUAGACGUCCUCACAAUAAGUUUACCCAGGACACUGGAGAUUACAAUGCCUUAGAUUUUGAAACUCAAACAUAUACCAGAUCUCAGCUCAAUGCUGUUAAGCAAGAUGGUCAUUCAGAAAAAAAUUAUGUACGGGCAGAUCCGAGUUACCUGAAAACGCUUGGUCAGGCUCAUUCUGGAUGGAUUUUUGGUGCCAUAGCUGAGCUGGUUGAUAAUUCCAGGGAUGCCAAAGCGACUAAAUUGGGCAUUUCUAUUGAGAUGAUAUAUUCAAAGAAAGCUGGUGAAGAUAUCCCAAUGCUGUCAGUUAAAGAUGAUGGGCAAGGAAUGACCCAUAAGGAGAUUGUUAGAAUGGUUUCUUUUGGGCACAAACAACCUGAUACAGAUGAUCCAGAUCAUAUUGGAAGAUUUGGCAUUGGAUUUAAGACUGGAGCAAUGAGACUUGGCAGGGAUGCUUUCGUUCUUACCCAGACUAGUAGUUCCAGAUCUAUAGCUUUUCUUUCACAAUCUUUAAAUGAAGGAAAAGAUAAUCUGGAGAUCCCAAUUGUGAGCUACUACAGACAAGGGCAGUUUAUGGAACUGGAUGAAAGUAUCCAGUCUGAAGCUUUUGCUAAGUAUAACUUGAAAGCUAUAAAGGAAUUUUCACCAUUUAAUAAGUACUCCAUUGGCAUGAAAGCAGGGUUGUUUUGUGAAAAAGGUACGGGAACACAAAUAUACAUAUGGAAUUUGGAUAAAUGGGGCUCAGAUUAUUGUCUGGAAUGGCAUAAUGGGAUGAGUAGUGGGAGCUCCUUCUACCAAGGUGACAUAUUCAUUCGCUCCAGACGGGUCAAAUCUCGUCCUGGCCAGAUCAGUCAAAAGGUGCCUUUAGACUAUUCACUUCGAUCUUAUUUGGAAGUCAUCUUCUUAAAUCCACGGAUGAAGAUUUUUAUUCAGGGCUCACUGGUUAAAAGCCGACCAUUGGCAAAAUCUUUGAAUAAUACUGUCAUAGAGAAUGGUAUUGUCAUGGGAAAACCUGUUCAACUAACUCUUGGUCGCUGUCAAUUAGAAUGGGAGCAGGCAAAUUGCGGAAUAUUUUUGUAUUGGCAUGGCCGCUUAAUUGAAGGUUACAAGAGAGUUGGUGGCAUGAUACACAAUGCAGAUAUGGGUCGGGGUGUAAUUGGUGUUAUAGAUGUUACUGAUAUAAUGAAUGAUGGAAAUGGUCAUGUUUGGGUGCAUAGCAACAAGCAAGGAUUUCAGGACUGUGAACCUUAUGCUCGGCUUGAGGAGUGGCUAGGUAGCAAAGCUGAUGAAUUCUGGGACACAAAUUUUGAUACUCUUCAGUUGAAAAAGGGUAAUAAUCUCUACAAACCUGACCACGAAUGGGUACAAUGUGACAAGUGUAGGAAGUGGCGGGUGCUAAGCUCUGGUUUUAGGGCUAAUGACUUGCCUCAAGAGUGGUUUUGUUACAUGGAGCCUUUCAAUGGACUGUGUGAAAUUCCUGAACAAAAGGUUGCACGAGGAGUGAUUACAGUGUCUGCAAAACGAUCUGGUUGUGAUCCCUCACAGAAGCCUGUUCAGUGUGACAAUGUGCAAAUCUUACAUUCCACCAGUUCACGGGAAAGUAUUAGUGGUGAUGAUUCAAGUCAGACUCCGGAGGAUGUCACACCUGUGCUAAAAAGGCUCAGAAGGGGACCUUCAAGGAGUUGCAAGAAAGUAAAACGUUAGCGCCUGUCUAUUUCCCCAUGGUAAAGGUUGUCUUUCAUUAGUAAUCCAUGGAGGUACCUGAGUUUAAUAGGAUGGUUGCCUUACAUUAAAAUUUUAUACAAGUGCCAAUGUUCACUCGACUUGAGCAGUUGAAUUGUUGAGCGGAAUAACUGUAAUACCAACUUGUUUCUUUUCACUGAAAGAAUGAGAAAAGCAAAGAGAAGAAAGUGUGCAUAUUCA